GUCACAUUUGUACACAAUCUAGCAAAGCUAUAACAGUGAAAACCAUGUAAAGCGAAAAAUAAUCUACCCUUGCACUUAUUACGUUCACAAUACAGUAGUAUUUUAACCGAAGUGAACAAAACCAAAAUGUGUUUCAUUAAAAGCAAAACUCUUUUACGAAUGAAUUUUUUUUCUAAAAGACGCAUCGUUAUACUUCCAUGUAUUUGCUUCUCAGCUUUACUUUUUCUCCUCGCAUAUUUAAAUUUGAGAUUUCUGGAAUCGGAUCUGACUUUGUUUGAAAGAGUACAAGACGCCACCAGCGAGCCAUUAGCUUAUAAAUGCUGCACCCCGAUGAAUAACUCCAUCCGGACGAAUGUAUUUUUCAUAAAAACUCACAAAACUGGAGGCACCACUGUCAAAAAUGUCAUUAUACGAUUUGCCCUUCUGAACUCGCUCGAUAUACUGGGAGUAAGAUAUGAUUAUUCUUACAAUUCCCCGUUUUCAGACUGGUCAAUACGUUCCGGCAAGAAGACACCCAAUAAUAAAUACAACGUGCUUGCGACACAUGCUCGGUAUGACCCCAGAAUGAGAUUAUACCAAUACCCUGAUACAUCGAUGGUAACAAUACUACGACAUCCGGUUCCAUUAUUCCAAUCACUAUACACUUAUUUCCGACUGGACAAAAUCACAGGUAUAUCUUUUCAACAGCUCUUGAAUAUGCCAGUCAAGCCAGAACCGUUAACUGAUUUCCACGGCAAAAAAGCGUAUAGAGGAUAUAAUCAAGUGAGCGUAGAUUUAGGAUUUGAUUGGACUCAAAGCAAGAAUAAGACCGCCGUCGCCGAAUUCAUAGCGAGAAUAGAUCGAGAAUUUGAUCUGGUCAUGAUUACCGAGUACAUGGACGAGUCGUUUGUUUUAUUGGCCAAUUUAAUGGGAUGGCCAUUGGAAUACGUCGCUUCUUUGAUGUUAAAUGUCAUGCUACCAGAAUCCAAUCCAUAUAUUUUGACACCGCAAGACAAAUUAACUAUAAUGGAUCUCAAUCAAGUUGAUAUGCAAUUGUAUAACCAUUUCCUGCAGAAAUUUCUAAAAUGCAAGCGACAAUAUGGCGAAGAACGUUUGAACCGACAAGUUCAACAGUUGAGAAUCAUGAAUAACAAUCUUAAAGAGAGAUGUGUAGGCGAAGAAGUUACGAUUUACAACCAGGUUGACGUACAAAGACUCGGGUAUCUGCCUAAAAAUGAAUCCGACAUGGUAUGUGUUUAUUCGAUGCAGUUGUUCUCAGAUAGAACUUCUCCAUACAAUCCGUAAAAAAAAAUCCGACUAACUGAAAUUACGAUACAGACAACGUUUCAAAGAGAAGUUGAAUUCAACAAAAG